CCCACAUCGUCAUUCCCCUCUCUCUCUCUCUCUCUCUGUGAGUACUUUUGAGAAAGAAAACAGCUAGCCAUGGAUUUCACUCCUUCCUCUGAUCAUCUUUGCUACGUCCGCUGCAACUUUUGCAACACUGUUCUAGCUGUAAUUUACGUUGGGAUCCCAUGCAAAAGAUUGUUGGAUACUGUUACGGUGAAAUGUGGUCACUGUAGUAAUUUAUCCUUUCUAAGCACUAGGCCUCCACCACUGCAAGCUCAAUUCUUAGAUCGACAUUACCCAAUACCACUACACAGACAGAUGCAAGGCUUUCCUGGAGAUUACAGAAAGGGGCAAUCAGGCCAAUCUCUUAUGACCUCCCCCUCCUCCUCCACAUCCAACGAGCAACUGCCCCCUAAGGCACCCUUUGUGGUCAAACCUCCUGAGAAGAAACACAGACUUCCAUCUGCUUAUAAUCGAUUCAUGAAGGAGGAGAUACAACGCAUUAAAGCGGCCAGACCGGAGAUACCGCACCGAGAAGCUUUCAGCACCGCAGCCAAAAAUUGGGCUAGAUACGUUCCACCGAAUGGAUCAAUGGCUGACAAUAAUAAGAAUGAACGAAGAACUUCGGACCAUAUCAUGGAAAGCGUUGGUGCUGCCAAAUGAAUUGGAGAUCCCUUUCAGAACAUAAGUUAGCAGCAGGUUCUCUUUCAACUCUUUUCAAUGGCGUUAUGUAAUGCUAAGACCUAAUUAAGAGUGUUGUAUUCCUUAAUGAAUCUUUUUUUUGAUUGUCUUAAGCACUGAGAUAAAAUAGUACUUAAUCAAAGACAUUUAGAUACUCUCGAA